UACUCUUGCUGGCAACAACACUCUCCUCUUUCCAUUUUCUAUUUCUAGUUCUAUUUCUAUAUCCUCCGUCCAAUUUCCCUUAAACCCUACACAAAAACAUCAAACGCCUUGCUCUUGUAUUCCAAAAACCCACUCCAAAAACAGACCAAACAUGUUUAAUCUUCAAUCCCCAAUUGUUUUUCUACUCUGGGUCCUCACGAUUUCCACCAUUGCAACUUCGCAAGAAACCACCACCAUUUACCAAGUUCUUAAAUCAAACGGGUUGCCAAUGGGUUUGUUACCCAAAGGUGUAACCAAUUUCACAUUUGAUGCUUCUGGCCGAUUCGAGGUGCAUUUGGAUCAAGCUUGUAAUGCCAAGUUCGAAGACGAAUUGCACUACGACCGGAAUGUUUCCGGAACGUUGACCUACGGUCAGAUCGGUGGCUUGUCGGGUAUUUCCGCCCAGGAUUUGUUUUUGUGGUUUCCUGUGAAGGAAAUCCGAGUGGAUAUACCAAGUUCUGGAUUGAUUUACUUUGAUGUCGGUGUUGUUUCUAAGCAAUUUUCUCUAUCUUCCUUUGAAACACCCAGAGACUGCUUGGCUUCCCCAAAUCAGCUCAUCGCCCAAGCUGCUCUACCUAAGAAUCUAUCAAGAAAGCUCAGAAUCAGAAAGAACGUUCAUCAGGAACAGUUGAUGACAGUUGUAUGAAUUCAAAGUCAGAGAUGAUUGAAAGUGGCACAAUUUCUCAAUCAAGUUAUGGGUAUUUCCAUCUCUUGCACCUGCACUUUUCUUCAGAAAGUCGAAAAAUCUGGUGUGCUUCCUUUUCGGUUUUCUUUGUAUAGUGUAGAGUCUGCAAACUAGUCUCGAAUGCCAGCUCCUGUCUAUGCAACAUUUUCACAAUGGAUUGAACUCGAAGAAAAACACCAUAUACAAAAACGCCAUAGAAGCAAGUGACAAAGUGACCUGCUGCCAUGAUUCACAGAGAUUCAGUUCUACAUUGCUUAGAUUCUUUAGAAAAACACACGGGAUGUAAGUUCUUAUACGCCAACAGAGGAGCAACGAAUCAAAGGUUACAAUCAGGUGAUGACACAGUGUUUAGUUUAGAGUGUUGAAUUCAUUAUGAAUAUGAAACAUAAAACAUAUGUUGGGAAAUCAAUUAUCUUUUUGUAGUCAUAAGUUUCUUUGAUAGAAAAAAUAAGAAAUAAAUUGCAUUCUUAUCC